AGUUGCGGGAGUGGAGGCGGAGGCGCGCGCAUCACUUUCUCGUGCCCGAGUCGCUGUCGGAGGACCCCGUCCCAAAGCAAGGGUGGGCCUGUGGGGGCUUCCGCCAGUCAGGAGGCCGCUCCAAGCAGCUUCGGCCUCGUCCCACUUCUCCGCUGAGGCGCCGCGCGGCCGGGAAGCGGAUCCAGGCCUCAGCCGGCGCCGAGGGCCUCCGGGGCUCUCCCGGGCUCAGCAUGCCCGGGGUGAAGCUGACCACCCAGGCCUACUGCAAGAUGGUGCUUCAUGGAGCCAAGUACCCGCACUGCGCCGUCAAUGGACUGCUGGUGGCUGAGAAGCAGAAGCCGCGCAAGGAGCACCUGCCCCUGGGCGGCCCGGGCGCCCACCACACUCUCUUCGUGGACUGUAUCCCCCUGUUCCACGGCACCCUGGCCCUGGCCCCCAUGCUGGAGGUGGCCCUCACCCUGAUUGAUUCAUGGUGCAAAGAUAAUAGCUAUGUGAUUGCUGGUUAUUAUCAAGCUAAUGAACGAGUAAAGGAUGCCAGCCCAAACCAGGUUGCAGAAAAGGUGGCCUCCAGAAUUGCUGAGGGCUUCAGUGAUACUGCUCUCAUCAUGGUAGACAACACUAAGUUUACGAUGGACUGUGUGGUACCUACGAUCCAUGUGUAUGAACACCAUGAAAACAAAUGGCGGUGCAGAGACCCACACCAUGAUUACUGUGAAGACUGGCCCGAGGCCCAGAGAAUCUCGGCGUCACUCCUGGAUAGCCGGUCCUACGAAACACUCGUCGAUUUCGACAACCACUUGGAUGACAUUCGGAAUGACUGGACAAAUCCAGAGAUCAAUAAAGCUGUUCUGCAUCUGUGUUAGGAAGGGAUGUCAGUGUCUAGCCUCUGGGCAUUUCCACUAGGCUGAAGAAGAAAAGCUAUUUUUAAAUGUAAAUAAAAUAUGUCAUUUCGCGUGUGGAAAGCUGGCGGUUUUCAGAAGUGACGGGUGCCUUGAAAGAGGGCAGAAUGUCCCAUCAGUCGUCUUUUUAAUGCAGUCUCUAGAAGAGGUACGGACUGUCCAAUCUGAUCGUCCCUGUGGAGUUCUUCCCAGUCGUAUGUUGCCAUAAUCCUCCCAAUCAAAGCUGUUUCUGCUUAUCCAAGAUUGUUCCUAUUAAACGGUUUUAACUAACCUUU